CGGAAGUGCUUUGUUUUUGUUACACAGCCGGCUGUCAGAUGCCUCUUUAGGCUGCAAAUGUCCUUUUAGACACCCAGAGGUCGACGCAUACAACUCCUGUGGGAGCGGAGCAUCGAUCUUCAUCAUGGUGGAGCCCACAGCAUCCGGCGUGUUCUGUAACAGGAUGCUGAGCAUGGUCAACUCCGAGGAUGUUAACGCCAUCAUCCAGGCUCAGAGACACAUGCUUGAUCGAUUUGAGAAAACAAAUGAGAUGUUGAUCAACUUCAACGGGCUGUCCAACGUGCGACUGCAACAGAUGAACGAGCGCUUCCUACUCCACACUCGCACCCUCGUGGAGAUGAAGAAAGAUCUGGACAGCGUCUUCAGGAGGAUCAGGACACUAAAAGGGAAGAUUGCUAAGCAGUACCCAGAAGCUUUCAGCACUAUCCAUGAGUCACCGAUCCCCGAAGACGACGAUGAUGAGUUUGACCCAGUCCCCCCCAGUGCUGCCACAACAAUUACAACAGCCACCUCGGAGCAGAGCAUAGAGUCCUGUGACACAAGUCCAGAUGUUAUCUCACCCACUGUGAGCAGAUGCUCUGAAGAUCUCUCUCAAGAGCCGCCUGACACGCCCACCUCCGAUGUCCUAGAGACAGCCGUCCUAUUGGACGAGGGUCCGGACUCUGUACCUGCAGAAUAGAGCGAGCAGCAUGUGAAUGAUUUCAGCCUCAUGAGCUUCAACCUUAAAACUUUUAGCAGGAGGUUAUGUUUGAUAUUUGAGUUUGUGUUGGCCUCUACAAUAUCUACUGACUUUUCCAGUCAUCAAUCUAUCUGCUGAGAAGAGCGUCACAACCUUGAUGUUAGAUGUGGCUAUGAACUGUCUAUAAGGAUGCAGGAUUUUUGUUGGCAUGCUUAUUUGUCCUAUGCUUGCACAGCACUAAAAUAAUGCACAUAAUACUUGAAGUUGUAUAGUAUUUCACUAGAUGUAUAUCUUAAGUACUGACAGUAAUCCUGAGCAAAAGCCCUCACUUAUUGAAUGAUUAUAAGCAUAUAUUUUUGUUUUGUUUGAAAGAGGCACACCUGACUGAAGGAAGAAAUCUCUCAUGAUGUCUCUUAUUAUGUAUGUUAUAUGAAAGACAAAAGUUAAUGUUGUUCGUAACAUGAAAAAUAGUAGUUAGGGUUUGAGAGUAGUUACUACUGUUAUUGUCAUACUAUUACAAUAGUAUAGUACUGUUGCAUUGUUAUUUUAUGGGCCCCUGUUCAAACCAGGAAAUAUGUUUGUUAAUGCAUUCAUGAAUGUUAUCAGCAGCAUUUUAUCUAAUGUUAUACUGAUCCUUGCCAAAAUAUUCUUUCUUUGAUGCCGCCUCCUUCGCAGGGACGCCAGGGGUUUAAUUGUUUAAUUGUUUAAUUGUCAGUGAUUCAGCAACUAAUCAAGGACACAUGAGCAGGGCAGAGGUACUUUGAUACAGGAGCUGGAAACCAGGUUGUGUUUGUGCUGGAUCCCAUCACUUCUUGCUUUCCAUUAAAGAUGCGGUUUUGGUCUAAAAGGGAAAGUCCAGCUUAAAAUAUACUACUAAUGGUUAUUUAUGUCAUAUUUGUAAAUCUCAUUUUUUUUUUUAUUUGUGGAUUUGAAAAAUGAUCUCCUUGAGAAGCAGAGAGACAGAAUAUAAUGAUAAAAGUUUACGCUAAAAAAAGAUAACAAUAAAAAUGUAAUAAGAAUAAUUGUAUUGACUCUACUGUCCAAAAUCAAUGGCAUAAUAUACAUUUAUUUAUACAGUGGAUUUCCCUUUAAGUUAAAGUAAAUGUGAUCUUUGGGAUUGUGUCUAAUAAAAUGUAUUUUGC